AUGACCAAAGUGAAGGCUUCCGAACUCUCUCGAUUCUCCAAGGCUGAGCUUGAGGGCAAGCUUGUCGAGUUCAAGACUGAGCUCGCUAACCUCCGUGUCCAGAAGCUCGGUGGUGCCCAGAGCGGUAAGCUCACCAAGAUCUACGAUGUCCGAAAGAACAUUGCCCGAGUUCUGACCGUUCUCAACCUCACCCAGCGAGAGCAGGUCCGUGAGUUCUACAAGGACAAGAAGUUCCUGCCCAAGGAUCUCCGAGGUAAGCAGACCCGAGCUAUCCGACGACGACUCACCCCUGCCCAGGCCGCUGCCAAGACUACCAAGGCUACCAAGAAGCAGACCCACUUCCCCCAGCGACGAUACGCCCUCAAGGCUUAA